CAAACUUUGAUCGGGCACAAAGGGAUAAUUGUGCAUACUUUGCAGCAAAUGUCGCGUCUUCUUCCAGGACCUCCAAACUAAGAUGGCUUUCGACGGCAUAAUCUCCCUGAUAAUAUGGCAAUUCAUCAUUCCCCGCUUCGUCGUAGGAUUUGUACAGAGCACGCUGUACUCCAUCUUCAUUCGUGCAGGAGACCCCAAACCUGCCUUUGGCUCCCAUAAGUUCGUCAAGCAUCGCAAAUUGAUCCUCAUGACCCUCUAUACGGCCUACUUCUUGUUCAGCAUCUACGAGAUCACCCAUGAUAUUCAGUCAGCUGGCAACCUCUACAGGGACCUAGGAGUGCCUUUGGAUGUGGACGACCGCAAGCUGCAGUCUCGGUUCCGAAGACUGACUAUUCAGUACCAUCCGGACAAGAUCAAUUCCUCCGCAGAUCGCGACGCUGGGAACGCAUACUAUGUGCAUCUUCUAGAGGCACGCGACACCAUCAUUGAUGGUGUAAAGCGCUUCGCAUAUGACCGGUUUGGCCCGAGUGUUUUGCAAUGCGGCAAGAAAUGCCUCACUACUCGCGACUAUGUGGAACACUCGCUUCAAGGCACAUUGUUUCAGUACGUAGUGUUCAUAGUAGGCUUAGCUGGGGCCAACGCCCUGGGGUAUUUCAAUGAAGGGGCAUAUUGGCGAUAUCUUGCCUUAUUUACGCUCAUGACCAUGGAAACCCGCAUAGCCCUUCGUCCAGAUCACCCCCCGGCACUAGUCAACAUCUUCAACCCUCUACUCACGAUUUUCAGCCAGCAUAAUCCAUACCUCCCGUUUCAAAUCAUUACGCUGUUGCGGAAAGGCACUUAUACGCUGGCAAUCUUCCUUCAAUUACUGAUACCUCUGUACCGGGUACAGCCUCAGCAAGCGGACGUCGAAGGGGAGGAAGAAGCCAUACAUAAGCAGCUAGAUAGACUUGCCCAGCUGGCCAAGGAUGCGCAGGUGGACGCGUCGAGGCUACUAGAGCUGGAAAUCAUUCCCUUCAAGGCUGACGAGCGGCUCAAAGGUGAUGUACGGAACGCGCUCAAGGGAUAUUUGGUGAACAACAUGAUCCAUGGUAAACCGGAAGUGCGGAACGCUAUGGGGAUGUCUUUGGCGAAACGGCGUGCUGGGGCUCCUGCUGGGGCACGGGGAACUAAAUGA